UACCUCAAAGGGGGAAAUUCUACUUAUUACUGCUAUGCUCCACACAUACUAAAUCAGCUCACAUGCAUGAGACCUUAAGUGCCAAAGAGCAUUUUACGAUUUGUCCAGAGUGGAACUAGUAACUUAUUGUUGUACCGACCAAAUAUGGAAGCACUGCAAUGUUUGGAUUAAAACGCCCAAUGCGCAUUGGAAAUUGCUUACUGCAAGUCAUUUUUUUUAUAUAUAUCCACGAAUAUUACAUCUAAAUGCACAAAGGUAACGUACAGUUGAUAUAUUUGGGACAACGGUGGCCCAACUUGGAUUGUCAUGGUAACCUGUCACGUGAUCACAUCGCCGGAACUGUCCGCUUGGGGUGAGGGCGAGCGUCUCUGACCUGUGCUGGACUUUUGAUUUUUUUUUUUUUUUCCCAAGUCACCCUGCGCCUAACGCGGGUGCUGUCACAAGCCAUCCAUCCACACUACCUUGGGAGACUCGCCCGCUGAUGAGAUUAAAAUCGAGGUGACGAUGGCCAACGGAGGAGGAGGAGGAGGAGCCAGAGGAUGUGGCGUCAUACCCGGACAGAACCUCCUGCCAGAUCCAGUGAACGCCGAUCGUCUGAGCGAGAUCAUCCUCAAAGCCGUCCCUAUGGCUGCCGAUGGAUCCACGCGCGCUUCGUAAAAACAACAACAACAUAAACUAUGGAUGUGACAUUUAUUUUAUCGGCCGUAAUCUUUACACUACUCGCUCUGGUGGUCGCUACGUCGCUGCUAAACGGAUCCUCCCGGUCGUCAUCGUCGGCUCCGAAGCGGAGUUAUACCCCGGCGGGACCCGUCGCGGACGCCGACACGGCAGGCGAGCCGGCGGUCAAGCAGAACGGCCACGUACCGGACACCAAGCAAGCGAAGGAGGCGGGAGACGACUGGUGCGAGCUGAGCGGCAGCUCCCACGACCACUGGGACGUGGUCAAAUCUGUGCUGUCGGAGGAGGCGCAACCUCAUCCCCCCAACGAGGAGCCCGAGCCCCCGACGGUUGUGGCAUCUCCGGCCGAGCGCUCCUCCUCCUCGUCGGCGUCCAGCCUGUCCGUGCCGCGGGUCGACUCCAGGCACACCAGUUUUGACUCGUCGUCCGAGGCCUCGUCGGGGCGUGGCCGGCGCGCCUUCAUCGGGCUCUCGGACCAGGAGCUCCUAAAGUGUGCGUUCUCGUACCCGCAGACCGACGGAGAGGCAGAGAGCCCGGACAGCAACGAGAAAUCGGAGCUCUACGUAAACAAUUCCUUGAAGUACAUCCCCGGAAAGUCGCGCUCCCACCACAUGGAGAUGAUGAUGUCCAAAGAGGAGCUGGAGGAGGAGCAGAAGGUGCAGCGCGAGCAGCUGGCGGCCAUUUUCCAACUGCUUAAGGACAACACGGAGACGUUCGGCGACGUCUCCGAGGGCGACAUGGAGGAGCAGAUGCGUCUCUACUCGAUCUGAAAAAGGAAAAGAGACAAAGUUGACGUCACAUGCCCUGCCUUACCUCGCCGACCAAACUCACCAGCACACUAGUGUUGACCGUAUUCCAUCAGCAGCUGGUUUUUGUGGUCCAUUUGUGUUGUUUUGGCUGUUGUUCCCCGACUGGACUAAUGCAGCUUAGCCACCAAGUGAGCAACUCCCAAUAUAAAUGUCCCCCGUCCCCGUCAAUGAAACACUCCGCUGUUGUUGUAAUAAAUCCAAACUAAACACGCA